AUGUGCUCGCCACAAGCUAAUCCUCCAAGCAACGACUCCAUCACAAACGCAACUCCUCUUGUUGGGCUUCCGACGGAUGUUGAUAUCGUUUGCGGACGUGGACGUGGUGUUUGGUCUCAUCCAGGAAAUCUCAAGUUCAAACUUCUGAUCGAAUGUAACCUUCCAGCCUACUCACAAGCAGUCCGACGAAAGGAGAAAUCACUCAUCAUUAACCACGUUUUGCACACCAUGAUCCUAACUGGUGCACGCUUUGUCAAGCAACAACGCAACGUUUGGUAUGCCCUCGAUGAAAAGGAGGCCCGUGAAAAAACAGCACACGCCAUGAGAGAUUUCUCCAAGCGACGGAGACAAGACCAAGAUCCGCAGAAAACCAAUAACAAGAAGAGGAAACGAAUAAAAAAAGCACAGGCCCCUACUAUCGCCGUCGCUAAACCAGAUUGGACCAACUUUCAGACAUCCGCCCCUACUACUUUCGUUAAACGAUCGUUCAGCGAGCCUCAAACAACUCUAUCAAGGAGCCUUCUCGACUUCAAGAUGUCCUCAUACGAUGACAAAGAAGAGAGCGCUGCUACUCUUCCUCAUCCCUCCCUUCCAAAGUCGAAGUCUCUUUCUGAUCUUUACAAAUCAUUUGACAUGGAACCUAGAGCCGUCUUUUCAACAAACACUACGCCAUAUCAUCUUCAUGCUCGUCUGCCAACACGAAUCGAUCGAGAUGAUGAGCGACUGCAGCUGUUCCACAUGGAAACUACAGACCCACUACAAAAUCUAUUCGGAAGCGCUGCUACUGAUGAACCGAAUUUGAGUCUCAAGUCUUCGGUGCUUGAUGAAUCAUCUGAGAAUUUCAACCUUCCGGAUUUCUGCUGA